AUGAAGCGUUGUAUUGCUGGCCUCUUGUUGCUGAGCCUUGCCUCUAUGGCAAAUGCUCAUACUUCUUUUACAACCCUUUUCAUUGACCGGAAGAAUCAAGGAGAUGGUACUUGCGUUCGCACGCCCUCUGAUGGCGAGACUGCCACCGAUCCAAUCCACCCCAUCACCUCGGAGGACAUGGUUUGUGGUCGCGACGGCAUUCAAGCGGUCCCAUUCAUCUGCCCUGCAAAUAAAGGGUCUCUUCUCACGUUUGAAUGGCGUCAAUGGCCAGAUGCUCAGGCGCCCGGCAGCAUCGAUCCGGGCCAUCUUGGUCCCUGUGCCGUAUACAUCAAAAAGGUCGACGAUAUGUUCACAGAGAGCGCCGCUGGUGACGGUUGGUUCAAAAUCUGGGAAGACGGCUACAACCCUGUGACGAAAAAAUGGUGCGUUGAUCGACUCGUUGAGAACAACGGCCUGCUCUCUGUCAAUCUUCCUCGGGGGCUGCCUUCAGGAUACUACAUUGUGCGGCCUGAGAUCGUGGCCUUGCACUGGGCUGUCCAUCGCGACGAUCCGCAGUAUUUUCUAGGCUGUGCACAAAUCUUUCUCAACAGCGAUGUCCAGGGCCCUCUGGAUGUGCGCCAGGAGCAUCUCACGAGCAUCCCUGGAUAUGUUGAUCUCUCUACACCAGGCCUCAAAUAUGACAUUUAUCAGAACGAUCUGCCGCCAUAUCCAAUUCCCGGCCCAAAGGUAUACAUCCCCAAAGUCGACAAGGAGAAGGCCGCCAAGAUUCCUGCGCCAGAACCAAUGAUUCAGACUGCAGGCGUCAUCCCCGAAGAUUGCGUUCUCAAGAGCGCAAACUGGUGCGCCAAAGCCGUCUCGCCAUACUCGACCGAGGACGAAUGCUGGACUGGCGUCAGGGCAUGCUUUGCGCAGAGCGAGGAGUGCAGGCCGAGUGCGCAGACGGUUGGACAGGCCAAUUGCGACCGAUGGAGUAAUUACUGCGAGAAGCUGAACAAGCUGUGCGAGGAUGGCGAGUUCGUUGGGCCAAUAGCAUUCACUGAGAAGGAGAUUGAAGCGCCGGUACCAGGAGAGAUUCCGGCGAUGUGGAAUGAUGUGUUUGAACAGAAUGAGUAG